AUGGCGUCCAACGGAAUAUCAAAAAACCCACCAACACUUCCCCCAUCGGUUGAAGAAUCAUACAAACGCAAAUGUAUUCAACUCAAGACUCGAAUGAAUGAAGUCGAAGAAGCAAAUGAUGCCGCGCGCCUCAGAUUGUCACGAAUGCGUCGAGCAAUCAAUAAGAUGCGUCUAGAGCGAGCCUUCUUGUUGGAACAAAUGUCGAAACGAACGAGUACAAAUGUGGAAGACUCAGAGGGUUCCCCAAGUCCACCUCCAACACCUCAAGAAAAGCCAUUGCGCACAAAGCGUGGUCAUCGCAAACCCUCUUUCCUGAAUACCCUCGGUGAUCCAACCGUUCCACUGCCCAACAGCUUGAAUGCCAAUCUCGCCAUCUCACCUUCCUCCUCCUCCUUCUCUCACACACAUCUCGAUAUGCCGAGUAACCCUAGCCAAGGAACAUUUAAUAGUUUCAAUACCUCCCUUGCCCAUCCACAACCAAUAUCUCCUCGCCGCGCACUCUCCAAUUCUACUCCUAUGGGUGGGCGAACGCCGCACUCAGCCUCCCAUUCUCCAUCUAUCCCCCCUUCUGGACCACCCAAAACACCUGCUUCAGGCUUUGAAUUAUACUGUCAGGAACUACGUGGGCCCAUGAUGGUACAACAUAGACGUGGUAUCAAAGAAGGAAACCUUGACAUCGACCGUCUUUUGGCAACCGGAUGGAGAGAAGCAGAUGCUGCAACCACAGAACGAUACGAGAAUCUAUUCAAAGCAAUGCAAAAUUCAAAGAAACUCGAGAACAGCACCCCCCUAGAUGACGAUGUAGAAAUGGGAGACAGUGGACGUGAAGAGACACCCAAUGGUAACGGAGCCAAUGGAGCUGCCGGCUUUACAUCCGUGAACAGAGGCUAG